UAAUCCCAGUUCGGAAUGAAAUUAAAUACCACCAGCUUUUUGCUCAUUCUAGUCAGCCAAGCAUGGGGCCAAUCAAUAAAGAUAAGGAUACCAGUGUGGGAUGCUUCCACAAUAUUUUCAAGGCUCACUGGAAUCGGAACAAAUUCGCAAAACACUAAUAGCCAAAGGCCAUCUAAUCAGCAAAAUAACAAUCAACAGAAUGUGGAAUAUAACGAUUACCUCAAUAACUAUUAUAAUAACUAUUGGGCGAAUGCAUACCAAAACUUAGCAAAUUAUGACCCUUAUGGAUAUGGCUAUUAUAGCCCGUACGGACCUUUCGGUCCUUAUGAUCCAGGUCAAUUUCAAACUCCACCAACACCGUCAGUCACACAAACAUCAACGCCAAUCGUUCCAACGACAACAGAACCUCUAACCACAUCAGCAGAUACUACGACCACUACUGAAACACCGAUUUGUGCAGUCUUUCCUAAUCUCCCAGCGUGUCAAACAUCGACCACUUCAACAUCCACAGCAAUCCCAUCCUCAACAUCGGACUCUUCGACUACGUCCACAGCAAUUCCGACACCCACAACAACCGAAAGUACUUCAACAUCCACCGCGAUUCCAACAUCCUCAUCAUCGGACCCUACAACUACGUCCACAGCAAUUCCUACUUCCACAACAACCGAAAGUACAACAGCAUCCGCAACAACUGAAAGCACUUCAACAUCCACCGCAAUCCCAACAUCCUCAACAUCGGCAACUACGACAACGUCCACUGCAAUUCCGACUUCCACAACAACCGAUAGUACUACAACAUCCACAACAACCGAAAGUACAACAGCAUCCACAACAACUGAAAGCACUUCAACAUCCACCGCAAUCCCAACAUCCUCAACAUCGGCAUCUACGACUACGUCCACGGCAAUUCCUACUACCACAACAACCGAAAGUACUACAACAUCCACAACUGAAAGUACUUCAACAUCCACCGCAAUCCCAACAUCGGAAUCUCCGACAACGUCCACUGCAAUUCCCACUUCCACAACAACCGAUAGUACUACAACAUCCACAACAACCGAAAGUACAACAGCAUCCACAACAACUGAAAGCACUUCAACAUCCACCGCAAUCACAACAUCCUCAACAUCGGCAUCUACGUCCACAGCAAUUCCUUCUUCCACAACAACCGAAAGUACAACAGCAUCAACAACAACUGAAAGCACUUCAACAUCCACCGCAAUCCCAACAUCCUCAACAUCGGCAUCUACGACUACGUCCACAGCAAUUCCUACUUCCACAACAACCGAUAGUACUACAACAUCCACAACAACCGAAAGUACAACAGCAUCCACAACAACUGAAAGCACUUCAACAUCCACCGCAAUCCCAACAUCCUCAACAUCGGCAUCUACGACUACGUCCACAGCAAUUCCUACUACCACAACAACCGAAAGUACUACAACAUCCACAACUGAAAGUACUUCAACAUCCACCGCAAUCCCAACAUCGGAAUCUCCGACAACGUCCACUGCAAUUCCCACUUCCACAACAACCGAUAGUACUACAACAUCCACAACAACCGAAAGUACAACAGCAUCCACAACAACUGAAAGCACUUCAACAUCCACCGCAAUCCCAACAUCCUCAACAUCGGCAUCUACGACUACGUCCACAGCAAUUCCUACUACCACAACAACCGAAAGUACUACAACAUCCACAACUGAAAGUACUUCAACAUCCACCGCAAUCCCAACAUCGGAAUCUCCGACAACGUCCACUGCAAUUCCCACUUCCACAACAACCGAUAGUACUACAACGUCCACAACAACCGAAAGUACAACAGCAUCCACAACAACUGAAAGCACUUCAACAUCCACCGCAAUCCCAACAUCCUCAACAUCGGCAUCUACGACUACGUCCACAGCAAUUCCUACUACCACAACAACCGAAAGUACUACAACAUCCACAACUGAAAGUUCUUCAACAUCCACCGCAAUCCCAACAUCGGAAUCUCCGACAACGUCCACUGCAAUUCCCACUUCCACAACAACCGAUAGUACUACAACAUCCACAACAACCGAAAGUACAACAGCAUCCACAACAACUGAAAGCACUUCAACAUCCACCGCAAUCCCAACAUCCUCAACAUCGGCAUCUACGACUACGUCCACAGCAAUUCCUACUACUACAACAACCGAAAGUACUACAACAUCCACAACUGAAAGUACUUCAACAUCCACCGCAAUCCCAACAUCGGAAUCUCCGACAACGUCCACUGCAAUUCCCACUUCCACAACAACCGAUAGUACUACAACAUCCACAACAACCGAAAGUACAACAGCAUCCACAACAACUGAAAGCACUUCAACAUCCACCGCAAUCACAACAUCCUCAACAUCGGCAUCUACGUCCACAGCAAUUCCUACUUCCACAACAACCGAAAGUACAACAGCAUCCACAACAACUGAAAGCACUUCAACAUCCACCGCAAUCCCAACAUCCUCAACAUCGGCAUCUACGUCCACAGCAAUUCCUUCUUCCACAACAACCGAAAGUACAACAGCAUCCACAACAACGGAAAGCACUUCAACAUCCACCGCAAUCCCAACAUCCUCAACAUCGGCAUCUACGACUACGUCCACAGCAAUUCCUACUUCCACAACAACCGAAAGUACAACAGCAUCCACAACAACUGAAAGCACUUCAACAUCCACCGCAAUCCCAACAUCCUCAACAUCGGCAACUACGACAACGUCCACUGCAAUUCCGACUUCCACAACAACCGAUAGUACUACAACAUCCACAACAACCGAAAGUACAACAGCAUCCACAACAACUGAAAGCACUUCAACAUCCACCGCAAUCCCAACAUCCUCAACAUCGGCAUCUACGACUACGUCCACAGCAAUUCCUACUACCACAACAACCGAAAGUACUACAACAUCCACAACUGAAAGUACAUCAACAUCCACCGCAAUCCCAACAUCGGAAUCUCCGACAACGUCCACUGCAAUUCCCACUUCCACAACAACCGAUAGUACUACAACAUCCACAACAACCGAAAGUACAACAGCAUCCACAACAACUGAAAGCACUUCAACAUCCACCGCAAUCCCAACAUCCUCAACAUCGGCAUCUACGACAACGUCCACUGCAAUUCCGACUUCCACAACAACCGAUAGUUCCACAACAUCCACAACAACCGAAAGUACAACAGCAUCCACAACAACUGAAAGCACUUCAACAUCCACCGCAAUCCCAACAUCGGAAUCUACGACAACGUCCACUGCAAUUCCGACCUCCACAACAACCGAUAGUACUACAACAUCCACAACAACCGAAAGUACAACAGCAUCCACAACAACUGAAAGCACUUCAACAUCCACCGCAAUCCCAACAUCCUCAACAUCAGCAUCUACGACUACGUCCACAGAAAUUCCUACUUCCACAACAACCGAAAGUACUACCACAUCCACCGCAAUCCCAACAUCCUCAACUUCAGACUUUACGACAACGUCCACUGCAAGUCCAACAGAUUCAACGACAACUUCCACGGCAAGUCCGACCACCGAAAGUACUACAACAUCCACAACAACUGAAAGUACUACCACAUCCACCGCAAUCCCCACAUCCUCAACUUCGGACUCUACGACAACGUCCACUGCAAGUCCAUCAGAUUCAACGACAACUUCCACAUCAAGUCCGACCACCGAAAGUUCUACAACAUCUACAACAACUGAAAGUAGUACAACAUCCACCGCGAUCCCAACAUCCUCAACAUCCGAUUCUACGACUACUUCCACUGCAAGUCCAACAACCGAAAGUUCUUCAACAUCCACAUCAACUGAAAGUACUACCACAUCCACAACAACUGAAAGUACUACCACUUCCACCGCAAUCCCCACAUCCUCAACUUCGGACUCUACGACAACGUCCACUGCAAGUCCAUCAGAUUCAACGACAACUUCCACAUCAAGUCCGACCACCGAAAGUUCUACAACAUCUACAACAACUGAAAGUAGUACAACAUCCACCGCGAUCCCAACAUCCUCAACAUCCGAUUCUACGACUACUUCCACUGCAAGUCCAACAACCGAAAGUUCUUCAACAUCCACAUCAACUGAAAGUACUACCACAUCCACAACAACUGAAAGUACUACCACUUCCACCGCAAUCCCCACAUCCUCAACUUCGGACUCUACGACAACGUCCACUGCAAGUCCAUCAGAUUCAACGACAACUUCCACAUCAAGUCCGACCACCGAAAGUUCUACAACAUCUACAACAACUGAAAGUAGUACAACAGCCACCGCGAUCCCAACAUCCUCAACAUCCGAUUCUACGACUACGUCCACUGCAAGUCCAACAACCGAAAGUACUACAACAUCCACAACAACUGAAAAUACAACAUCUUCAACAUCCGACUCUACGACUACUUCCACUGCAAGUCCAACAACCGAAAGUUCUUCAACAUCCACAACAACUGAAAGUACUACCACUUCCACAACAACUGAAAGUACUACCACAUCCACAACAACUGAAAGUACUACCACUUCCACCGCAAUACCCACAUCCUCAACUUCGGACUCUACGACAACGUCCACUGCAAGUCCAUCAGAUUCAACGACAACUUCCACGGCAAGUCCGACAACCGAAAGUACUACAACAUCCACAACAACUGAAAGUAGUACAACAUCCACCGCGAUUCCAACAUCCUCAACAUCCGAUUCUACGACUACUUCCACUGCAAGUCCAACAACCGAAAGUUCUUCAACAUCCACAUCAACUGAAAGUACUACCACAUCCACAACAACUGAAAGUACUACCACUUCCACCGCAAUCCCCACAUCCUCAACUUCGGACUCUACGACAACGUCCACUGCAAGUCCAUCAGAUUCAACGACAACUUCCACAUCAAGUCCGACCACCGAAAGUUCUACAACAUCCACAACAACUGAAAGUAGUACAACAUCCACCGCGAUCCCAACAUCCUCAACAUCCGAUUCUACGACUACGUUCACUGCAAGUCCAACAACCGAAAGUUCUUCAUCAUCCACAACAACUGAAAGUACUACCACAUCCACCGCAAUCCCAACAUCCUCAACUUCAGACUUUACGACAACGUCCACUGCAAGUCCAACAGAUUCAACGACAACUUCCACGGCAAGUCCGACCACCGAAAGUUCUUCAACAUCCACAACAACUGAAAGUACUACCACAUCCACAACAACUGAAAGUACUACCACUUCCACAACAACUGAAAGUACUACCACAUCCACAACAACUGAAAGUACUACCACUUCCACCGCAAUCCCCACAUCCUCAACUUCGGACUCUACGACAACGUCCACUGCAAGUCCAUCAGAUUCAACGACAACUUCCACGGCAAGUCCGACAACCGAAAGUACUACAACAUCCACAACAACUGAAAGUAGUACAACAUCCACCGCGAUCCCAACAUCCUCAACUUCGGACUCUACGACAACGUCCACUGCAAGUCAAUCAGAUUCAACGACAACUUCCACAUCAAGUCCAACCACCGAAAGUUCUACAACAUCCACAACAACUGAAAGUAGUACAACAUCCACCGCUAUCCCAACAUCCUCAACAUCCGAUUCUACGACUACUUCCACUGCAAGUCCAACAACCGAAAGUUCUUCAACAUCCACAUCAACUGAAAGUACUACCACAUCCACAACAACUGAAAGUACUACCACUUCCACCGCAAUCCCCACAUCCUCAACUUCGGACUCUACGACAACGUCCACUGCAAGUCCAUCAGAUUCAACGACAACUUCCACAUCAAGUCCGACCACCGAAAGUUCUACAACAUCCACAACAACUGAAAGUAGUACAACAGCCACCGCGAUCCCAACAUCCUCAACAUCCGAUUCUACGACUGCGUCCACUGCAAGUCCAACAACCGAAAGUACUACAACAUCCACAACAACUGAAAAUACAACAUCUUUAACAUCCGACUCUACGACUACUUCCACUGCAAGUCCAACAACCGAAAGUUCUUCAACAUCCACAACAACUGAAAGUACUACCACAUCCACAACAACUGAAAGUACUACCACUUCCACCGCAAUCCCCACAUCCUCAACUUCGGACUCUACGACAACGUCCACUGCAAGUCCAUCAGAUUCAACGACAACUUCCACAUCAAGUCCGACAACCGAAAGUUCUACAACAUCCACAACAACUGAAAACACAACAUCUUCAACAUCCGACUCUACGACUACAUCCACUGCAAGUCCAACAACCGAAAGUUCUUCAAUAUCCAAAACAACUGAAAGUACUACAACAUCCACAACAACUGAAAGUAGUACAACAUCCACCGCGAUCCCAACAUCCUCAACAUCCGAUUCUACGACUACGUCCACUGCAAGUCCAACAACCGAAAGUACUACAACAUCCACAACAACUGAAAAUACAACAUCUUCAACAUCCGACUCUACGACUACUUCCACUGCAAGUCCAACAACCGAAAGUUCUUCAACAUCCACAACAACUGAAAGUACUACCACAUCCACAACAACUGAAAGUACUACCACUUCCACCGCAAUCCCCACAUCCUCAACUUCGGACUCUACGACAACGUCCACUGCAAGUCCAUCAGAUUCAACGACAACUUCCACAUCAAGUCCGACAACCGAAAGUUCUACAACAUCCACAACAACUGAAAACACAACAUCUUCAACAUCCGACUCUACGACUACGUCUACUGCAAUCCCAACCUCCUCAACUUCGGACUCCACUGCAAGUCCAUCAGAUUCAACGACAACUUCCACGGCAAGUCCGACAACCGAAAGUACUACAACAUCCACAACAACUGAAAGUAGUACAACAUCCACCGCAAUCCCAACAUCCUCAACUUCGGACUCUACGACAACGUUCACUGCAAGUCCAACAGAUUCAACGACAACUUCCACGGCAAGUCCGACCACCGAAAGUACUACAACAUCCACAACAACCGAAAGUAUUACAACAUCCAACGCAAUCCCAAUAUCCACUGCAAGUACAUCAGAUUCAAUGACAACCUCCACAGCAAUUCCGACGUCUACUACAAUCGGUAGUAUAACGACAUCCACAGCUAUUCCAGCAUCCACAGAAUCUUCAAUAACCCAAGAUUCAAUUUGCAUUGAGUAUCCACAGCUUCCUAAAUGUCAAUCUGGAAAGUCAGCAACCCUUAAAACAAUUGGAUCUAAUAUGGCUGAAACCAAGCCAGUAGGCGCUGCUUUUAAGCCCGAGCAAAAACUGACUAUAACAUCAAUGCCCCAGUCCGUGACUUCGCUGUGCCACUUUUAUCCCCGCCUUUGCUUGAAACCUGAAGAAGCCCAAUUUGUUCUUCUGGCUGAUGAGCAUGGAAAACCCUCAUUGUUGAUUUCGUCAAUUGAAGGACGAUCCGCUUACUCUCAAAAGCUUCCUGCUUUGUGGCGAGCUAUAAGCAGAGCCCAUAGGAAUAAGUAACAAAUUCUAGUAAAUGCGGGUAAAAUUGACAUUGUUUUACAAAACACGAAGAAAAAUUAAACAGAAAGUGCAAGAAUGA